AUGAAGGAAAAGUGCAAGAACGCGGCGAAGACGCGCAGAGAGAAGGAGAACGGAGAGUUCUACGAGCUGGCCAAGCUGCUGCCUCUGCCCGGAGCCAUCACCUCCCAGCUGGACAAGGCCUCCAUCAUCCGGCUGACCAGCAGCUACCUCAAGAUGCGGGCCGUGUUCCCCGACGGUCUGGGUGAAGGAUGGGGUCAGACCUCAAGGUGCAGUCCUCUGGACAGCAUGGCUAAAGAGCUGGGCUCUCACCUUUUACAAACUCUGGAUGGCUUCGUGUUUGUUGUGGCCUCUGAUGGAAAGAUCAUGUACAUCUCUGAGACAGCAUCGGUCCACCUCGGCCUCUCCCAGGUGGAGCUAACCGGAAACAGUAUAUUUGAGUACAUCCACCCAUCGGACCAUGAUGAGAUGACAGCAGUGCUGAGUCUCUGCCAGCCCCUCCACCAUCACUUCUCUCCAGAGUAUGAAUUAGAGCGCUCCUUCUUCUUGAGGAUGAAGUGUGUUCUUGCUAAACGGAAUGCAGGACUGACCUGUGGGGGAUACAAGGUCAUCCACUGCAGCGGCUACCUGAAAGUGCGUCAGUACAUGAUGGACAUAGCUCUGUAUGAAUCCAGCUAUCAGACUGUGGGUCUGGUGGCCGUCGGCCACUCCCUGCCCCCCAGUGGUAUCACAGAGAUCAAACUCCACAGCAACAUGUUCAUGUUCCGGGCCAGCCUGGACCUGAAACUCAUUUUCUUGGACACAAGGGUGGCAGAGCUGACAGGAUAUGAGCCUCAGGACCUGAUAGAGAAGACCCUCUACCACCACAUUCACGCCUGUGACGUCUUCCAUCUGCGCUACGCUCACCAUUUAUUGCUGGUUAAGGGUCAGGUCACCACCAAGUACUACCGCAUGUUAUCGAAGCAUGGAGGCUGGGUCUGGGUGCAGAGCUACGCCACCAUUGUGCACAACAGCCGCUCCUCCAGGCCUCACUGCAUCGUCAGUGUGAACUACGUCCUCACUGAAGUUGAAGGCAAGGAGCUGCUGUUAUCUGAAGACCAGAGUCGAGCCAGUAAGCACUGUGUCAGUCUGUCCUCCACUCAGGACCCCCGCAAACACCUCCGAACCAAAGCAGUCAAGAUGAAGCCCAAAGUAAGAGCAGCUCCCUAUCCUGAGGCGGGACUUCCUGCCGGACUGCUGAGUAAACAAAAGGAGGCUGCUAGCCUCUUCCAGCCGGACCGCUCCACCUGCUCCUUACAGAGGGGUGUGUGGAAGGAGAAAUCCCAGUAUCCCCUGACCCCCUGCAGGGAGAAGAGCUCCAGCUUGAGCCCUGAGGCCGGCCAGGUGCCCUGCGGCCCCCCCUACAACCUGACCCUGCACUACCCCUACAGCCCUCAGAGCCAGUUGCCUCGCUCCGCCCCCCCCUCUCAGCUGACCCAGCACGUCAGAGGCUCUGUGGGGUGGAACAUCAGCAGCCCCCCCACACCCAACAAAUACACAGGCCCCGGAGGGCUGGCAGCUGAGCGCAGGUUCUCUGAUGACAUCUAUCCGGAUUGUUCCAACACCUUACAUUCCAGCAGCAGGCUGAAGGAAGAGCCCUACGAACAUUACACACUGGUCCACAGAGAGGUGUCUGACGUUUGUUCCCACCCCCGUCUUCAUGGCACCAGAGACAGUAAAGCUUCAAACCAGGCGCUCCACCAUGAGGGGGCUUCAGGUGAGCGGGGCCCCUCCUGUCCCCUGCUCAGCGGUGUGGGGCUGGAGCAGAGGAGGAGGCUGUGUAUGAUGGAGGCUCCUUACGGCCCCCCAGCUGCAGGAUACUCCCACCCUGCUGACGGAGCUGCUCCUCAUCAGCACAGGUCUGCAGAGGAGGACAGGAGGACGUUGGGGGGUGGGGCCCAGGCUCCAUACAUGCCUAUGAACUUCCAUAAAGGGCUGGGUAAACACGGCUCUGUGACCACGCUGAGCCACCUGACGGACCCUCACAGCUCCGGCUCGUCUCCGGAGAGCCACAGAGAGAUCCCACAUUACAUCGGCACAUCGGUGAUCAUCACCAAUGAGAGGUGA